AUGAGCAAUGCUAGAGACAAAGAGGUGACAGCGUCAGAGCCACAAAGAGCGAUGCGAAUUGUGUCUACAGCGGUAUCAAUAGUCGCUGCAGUAUUUUUGGGAGGAGGAUUCUACUAUGGCAUGACAAAGCAACAGAAGGCACUGGCAGAGGAAGAAAAGAGUUUGGACAAGAUUUCAAGCCGUAAAAAAGCGAUCUUACCGAAAACUGCGGCCACUUUUGAGCGUAAAUUAACGCUGGACAAGUCUCUACCGCCAGGUAUAGCGGCCUCAAAGGCUCUGCUCGGUGUGACUGUCGUCUCAGUAACCAGUUGCUGUUUGCUGGUGGGAGGAAUUGCUGCUGCUAUUGGAGUAACUAGUUGGACGGAACUCCGAGAACGGCUGCAAAAGACCCCACGGAAUCAGAACAAGUUCGUAUCGCAGCAGCUUGACUUUGAAGGGCUGGAAAAAGCAAAGAACGAGUUAUUGGACGUCAUUGCGAGCGAAGCGAAGGAGGAGCAGACUACGCCUGCAAGUGAAUAG